ACGCCGCGACGCCGCGUUCGUCCGCGCGAUGGCGAACGACGACGACGACGACGACGACGACGAAACCCUAUUCGUGUGGGGAUGCGGCGAGGACGGUCAGCUCGGGCUCGCGAGCUCGCCCGCGGCGCCGCACGCCUCCGCGCUCGACUGGGCGGUCCCCACGCCGACGCCGCUGAAGCUCCCGAACGGCGAGCGCGUGGCGUCCGCGAAGACGACCGCGCCGAAUAAGGCGCUGUGCGCGGGCAGCAGGAACAGCGCGUGCGUCACGCGCGCGGGGGGGCUGUACGCGUGGGGGUGGAACUCGCACGACACGCUGGGGCUGGACACCGAGGACGAGUUCGUGACGACGCCGCGCGCGGUGGAGGCGCUCAGAGACCCCGAGAAGGUCCCGGGGUUCAGCCCUCGCGGCGUCGCGCGCGCGCACCUCGGCGGCUGGCACGCGCUCUGCGUCGACUUCGACGGCGCCGCGUACGCGUGGGGAGGGAACGAGUACGGCCAGGCUGGCGUCGACUGCGGCGUCGCCGGCCACGGCGUCCACGUGUCCUUGCACCUCUCCGUUCCCACGCGGUUGCCGUUCGGGGGCCCUGGCGGGAACGUUAAGAUUAAACAGGUGGCGUGCGGCGGGAUGCACUCGUUCGCGGUCGCCGACGGCACCGGGGAGGUGUAUCAGUGGGGCCAGAUCGCCGGGAGCGAAAAGGCGCCGGCGCGCGCGCCCGCCAAGCUCCGCGGCAUCAGAGGCGUCGUCGCGCUCGCCGCGGGCGCGUUCCACGCCAUCGCGCUGCAAGACGACGGCCGCGUUCUGUCCUGGGGCAACGGCGACUACGGGCAGCUCGGGUUGGGGCUCCCGGGGAACGAGGACGCGCCCGUCGUCGUGGAGGCGCUGAGGCGCGUUCUGAUUCAUUCACACUGUCGCGCGGGCGUCGUCGCGGUUCGCGCGGGCGGAUGGCACAGCGCCGCGAUCACCGCCGGGCGCGUGUGCUACCUCUGGGGCCGAGGCGAGUACGGCCGUCUCGGCCAGGGCGACGACUGCGCGGACAAGCAGUGGCCCGUCGAGGUAGCGGAGGUCAUGUCGGAGGGGACGCGCGUCGUCGACGCCGCGCUCGGCGGGACGCACACGUGCCUGCUCGACGAGGACGGCGUCGUGACGUCCUUCGGCCGAAACUCGUUGGGGCGGCUCGGACGCGUCGCCGACGGCAAGGCGCGUUCUAUACACUGGUUUGCAUACGACCGCUGGACGGGCACGCCGGGGCGGGUGAACUUCCCGCCGCCGCCCGGGGGGGGCGGGUGGCGGUGCACCGGGAUCGUCGCGGGGGGGAGGCACACGCUCGCGACCGCGGUCGUCGUGAGCGUGGAGGAGGAGGCGGCGAGGCGGGCGGCGCGGCGUUCGUCGACGUCGUCGCCUUGA